AGGACCGUCAGAGGCGCAGGCGCAGGCGCAGGCGCAGGCGCACGGUUGUACCCGCCGCUGUGGAGACUAGACGCUUCAAGCUGCGAGCUUGGGUCCCUCUGCUUGUUGAUUUAAAAGUAUUUUCUCCGGUGUAAGCUGAUACUCUCCGCCCUCCCCUCCCCCUUCCCCCAAAAGUAUAACCCACGUUACCCAAAGAAAACAUGAAACGGAAGGAACUGGAAUGUUUACUGCAACAAGUUGAUGGCUUUGAGAACCCCAAAUUACUUCUGGAACAGUAUCCGACCAGGCCCCACAUUGCAGCAUGUAUGCUAUAUACAAUUCAUAACACAUAUGAUGACAUUGAAAACAAAGUGGUUGGAGAUCUAGGAUGUGGCUGUGGAAUGCUUAGUAUUGGAACAGCAAUGUUAGGAGCAGGGUUGUGUGUUGGAUUUGAUAUAGAUGAAGAUGCCUUAGAAAUAUUUAGUAGAAAUGUUGCAGAGUUUGAACUGACAAAUAUUGACAUGAUUCAGUGCAAUGUGUGUUCUUUAUCUGAUACAAUGUCCAAGUCCUUUGACACUAUAAUCAUGAAUCCUCCCUUUGGAACCAAGCAUAAUAAAGGUAUGGAUAUGUCAUUUCUGAAGGUUGCUCUACAGAUGGCAAGAGUAGCAGUAUAUUCCUUACAUAAAUCUUCAACCCGAGAACAUAUUCAAAAGAAAGCAGAUGAAUGGAACAUUAAGAUGGAUGUUAUAGCAGGGUCGCUUAAAAAUUUCUCCAGUGAAAAUGGAGUCACAAGUGGAAGAAGUUUAAGAAACCCUAUUCACGAUGGUCAUACCUCUAAACCCAUUACCCACAAAGAGCUACGAUAUGACCUACCAGCAUCAUACAAAUUUCAUAAGAAAAAAACAGUGGACAUUGAAGUGGAUUUAAUUCGGUUUUCUUUUUAAAGACCCCCAAAUGUGAAACAGCUUAAAACUUAUUUAAAAU